AUGUCCUCCCUCGCGGCCGCCGCCGCCGCCGCCGUCGCCGCCGCCUCCACCUGGGUAAAAAGCCUCUCCCGCAUCGUCUCCCCCUCCACGCCAGCCGUAAAACCACCCAAGCGCAAUCCCAAGACCAAGCGCGCGCCGCCCGCCGCCGAUGCUGACUCCAUCGCGAAUCAGAAGCUCCCGAAGCCCCUAGGCGCACAUCCCGCCGGCGAAGCUGAGUCCGGCGCGGGCCACGAGCUAGGGAAGCCCCUUAGCGGUGUCGUCAAGGCCCUCAUCAGGGAGCGGGACCCUGAUAAGCUGGUCUCCAAGUUCGUCGAAGCCUCGUCCGCAUCGUCGCGCUUCCGCGACGGGCAGCGCGCGUACGAUGUAGCGGUGAGCCGCCUCACUUCCUUGGGCCGCAAAGACGGCAUCGAGGCCAUCAUCGACGCGCAGAAGCCCUUCCUCGAGACCUCGAGCGAGGGAUUUGCCGCGCGCCUCAUCCGCCUCUACGGCAGUGCCUCCAUGGCAUCCCACGCGGUCGCAACCUUCCAUCAACUCCCCGCGCGGCAUAAGUCUACGAGGACAUUCAACGCCGUCCUUGCCGCGUACGCCGAAGCCGGAGAUGUUGGCGCGCUCACUGCUGCAUUCCAGGAGAUCCCAGCCACACACCCCUCCAUUGUGCCCGACCUAUACUCUUACAACGCGCUCAUCCGCACAUUGUGCCAGAAGUCCAACCUCUCAGCCGCUCUUUAUGCUGUCCAUCUCAUGAAGAAGCACGGUGUUUCACCUGACAUUAUUACUUUCAACUCGCUCUUGGAUGGGUUUCACAACAGUGGCCGUAAUGAUGAAGCCGAGGCAGUAUGGGAAAUGAUUAAGGAGAGGAAUUUGGAGCCAGACGCAAAGUGCUACAAUGCAAAGCUGCGGGGUUUGGUUGCACAAGGUAGGAUUGAUGAUGCAGCUGCUGUGCUUGAGAGGUUGGAGAAGGACGGGCCAAAACCCAAUAUAGUAUCCUACAAUCAGUUGAUUCUAGGAUAUUGCAAAGCUGGGAGGUUCCAGGAGGCCAAGAAGGUGUAUGAUAAUUUGAUGAAGAACGAGUGUGUCCCAAAUAAGGGGACAUAUGAGACUCUCGUGCCACACCUUGUGCAGGCUGGAGAGCUGGAUUGUGCACUGAGGUACUGUUAUGAAAUCUUUGCUAGUAAAAAGUGCUGUGGAGUCGAGUGUGGUGUGCUGCAGGAUGUAGUGAAUGCAUUGGUAAAUGCAUCGAGGGUGAAGGAGGCUAUCAAGCUUGUUGAGCUCGGGCGGAAGUCCAACUAUCAUCGGAAGUACUAUCAUCUGAAACUGAUGAGGAAGAAUCAAUAUCAGAAGAAAAGGAGUGUGAAAGUGGAAGACUGGACUGAAAAAUAA